AUGGAGUUAAUAAGAACCCAGAAGAUGAGGGUUCAAAGGCAAUACUGCAUAUUCCUCAAGAACAAAAGUGAUGCACAGGCACCUCCGGAGACCACUUCUGGCAGAAAAGGGAAAGAUCCGAAAAUACCUUCCCAGGCAGAACAAGUAAUCCAGCCACAGAAAAUGUUGAAAGCUGGAUCUCCAGUUAAGCCUUCUAUCCAUCUUGCUUCAUCCUCAGACAAUCAAUUUAAACCUUCACAGAUACAUGGAGAAUCUGAAUCUAUUCCAAUGAAGGGCAAGAAGACUGGACUGAGGAAAAUGAAGAGGAGCAGCUAG